CAGCUUCAUCAGUUGGAGCACUUCCUGGCGGAGUGGGCUCAACGGGCCAAAGAUCCUACCACACCAGCGGCCGUCGCAGCGUCUCUCUACAAGGAAAUCGACGCGCACAAGGCAGCGAUGGUCAUGCUACCACUGUGUCGCGGGGAGGCCUUCUCGGCACAACACUGGGCCGAGCUGUUCCAGCUGGCCGAGGCGACUGGCAGGCCGCUGGAAGAACUGCGCCUGUCGCACCUGCUCGCCGUCACGCCCAAGCUGGCCACCAAGAAAGCUCAGCUCCAGGACUUGAACAGCAGAGCCCGCUCGGAGGCGAACAUACGGACCAUCCUGAGCGAGCUUGACGUGUGGGGAAGCACGGCACGGUUUUCCCUGGUGGACCACACCGAUUCCGCGGGCAACCACAUGAUGAUCGUGCAAGAAUGGGCACAAGUUCUGGGAAAGGUCGGCGAGCUGCAGCUUCUGGUGCACUCCCUGGCCGAAGCGUGCCGUGGUGGGGGAUCCAGCGCCGGCCUGGCGGAUGGUGCUGCCCUGUGGGAGGAGCGGCUGGCACGCCUGGAGCCCGCGCUGCGUGGCCUUCAGCGCGUGCAGCAGCAGUGGCUGCAGCUGGAGCCGCUCCUGGGCCCUCCACGCUCCCUGCUUCCCGACCAGGCACCCCGGUUCGAGGCCGCCAGCCGGCAGUUGAGGGCCCUGAUGGCGGCCGUGGCCCGUGACGAGAGAAUCGUGCUCGUGGGCAGCACGGCCGAGACGCAGGCCCUGGACACCCUGGCCGACCAGCUGGGCCGGUGCCAGAGGGCGCUGCACCAACACAUGGAGGACAAGCGUAGCCGCUUCCCUCGAUUUUACUUUCUGGGUGACGAGGACCUGUUGGAGGUGCUGGGCAAUCGCCCAAGCGCGGUGGAACCGCACCUGCGCAAGCUGUUCGCCGCCGUCCACCGCGUCGAGUGGGGCGACGAGUGCGUCACGGCCGUGCUCUCGCCCGAGGGAGAGAAGCUCGUUCUCAGCCGGCCAGUGAAGCUGACACCGGACCCGGAGGUUUGGCUUGGUGAUCUGAGCCAGGAGAUCCGGUCCACGUUACAAGCAUUGCUACGGGACAGUAUUGCAAGCCCUGGUCCAGACUCCUCGCUCUAUCCAGCCCAGGUGGUGUGCCUGGCCGAGUGGAUUCGGUUCACGGAAGCGUGCGAGGCCGCCCUGGACUCUGGGCGGUUGGCUCAGCUCCUGGACGAGGUGCGCUCGCAGCUGUCCCUCCUGGCUGCCGCGGGAGCGCAGAUGGGCUCUCUGCACGCGCUGCUGAUCGACGCCAUUCACCGACUGGCCAUCGUCGAGGAACUCAGUGCCCGCAAUGUGCGCUCGGUCCACGACUGGCACUGGCAGAAGCAACUCAGGUUCUAUCUGCGCGACGGACGGGCUGUUGUUAAAAUGGUAGACGCAGCUUUCGACUACACGUACGAGUACCAGGGCAGCGCUCCCCGACUUGUGUACACGGCUCUCACCCACAAAUGUUUCGUCAGUCUGACUCAAGGCAUGCGGCUGGGGGUUGGGGGCAACCCAUACGGACCAGCAGGCACUGGGAAAACGGAGUCGGUCAAAGCGUUGGGAAAUGCUCUGGGACGGCAAGUGCUGGUAUUCAACUGCGAUGAGAGCAUGGACGAACGCUCGCUAGGCCGCCUGUUGGUGGGUCUGGCCCGUAGCGGCGCCUGGGGCUGCCUCGACGAGUUCAACCGGCUCGACGAAGGCGUGCUCUCGGCCAUGGCCGCACUCAUCGGCGACCUGCAGCUGGCGCUGCAUCACGGAAGACCGCACGUCCGCCUGCUUGGCGCGCAGGUGGAGUUGGACCGGAGUGCCGGUGUCUUCAUCACCCUCAACCCAGCGGGAAAGCAAUACGGAGGCCGCCAGCGACUCCCCGACAGCCUCAAGCAGCUGUUCCGGCCCGUGGCAAUGGCAGAGCCGGACAGCGCAGACAUCGCACGCGCUCUUCUGCUGGCCGGCGGAUUCGAAGGGUCGCAGUCUCUGGCCGCUCGACUCGUGACAGCUUUCCAACUCGCCAGGGAGUUGCUGGUGCCCCAGCAGCACUACGAUUGGGGCCUGCGGGCGCUCAAGAGCGUCCUUCUCGCCUGCGGACGAAUGCGGCUCGAUGCCACACCACCCUCGGACGCCGGCGGCCGCCAGGCAUGGGAACAGGCCCUCGUGGUGCGAGCGGUGCGGUUGCAGGUGCUACCCAAGCUGGCGGUGCGGGAUUGCGGCCACUUCGAGAGGCUGCUGCGCGACGUUUUCCCUGGAGUCCAGUCGACGGAAGACGGCGCUGGCGAGGACGAGCUGUGGGCGGCACUUCGGGAGGCGUACGUCCACUUGGGACUCACCUGGGACGAAGCGCAGGUGCGCAAGGUGCUGCAGCUGCGCGAACAGCUCUCCCAGCGCACCGGCGUCAUGCUGGUGGGUCCUCCCGGUUCGGGCAAGACAAGCGUGUGGCGGUUGCUGCAGCGGGCCAUCUACACGGCCUCCGCUGGGCGAAAACCGCCGCCUCGGCUCUGGCUGCUCGGACCAAAGUCUCUGCCCCGUCAGCAGCUGCUGGGCUACGUCCACCCGGACACCAGGGAGUGGUGCGACGGAGUGCUCACGGCCAGCGCUCGCGAGGCCGCCAGGGAACCGCAGGAGGUCUCUUGCUGGAUCGUCUGCGAUGGAGACGUGGACCCGGAGUGGGUGGAAUCGCUCAACUCGGUCCUGGACGAUAACCGCUUGCUGACGCUGCCGUCGGGCGAACGCAUCCAGUUCGGACCCAACGUGCACUUUGUGUUCGAGACGGACAGCCUGGCAGCAGCGUCUCCAGCCACCGUGUCUCGCGUGGGCAUGGUGUUCCUGAGUGCCGAGAACAGUCCGGUCAAGGGAAUCGUCACCUCGUGGGUCCAGGGGCAGCCGCAGGGGGGCGCCGCAGUGGCAGACCUCGUGGAGGAACACUUCUUUCGGGCUCUGCGCUUCACCUUGCAGAUGAAGGACUUCGUCCUUGAGACGUCCGCUACGGCAGUGGUACGCAACGCUCUGUCCUACUUACAAGGCGUCAAGACCAGGCCUGAGUUUGCGCUGGCACUGGCUCGAGGGCUGUCCGUCAGCUUGGGUCCAAGUGGAAGAGACAAGGUCGCCAAAGAGAUUUUCUCUUGGAUGAAUGUGUCAGCGCCCGACCCCAGCCGUCCUCUGAAUUGCUACUGGCACAAGGGUACCGGCAGGCUGACCAAGUACGAGCCACAGUCGUCGCGGGAGAUCAACCUUUCCGAGCUUCCGGCGACGCCCGUGGUGGAGACGGUGGACGUCUGCAAUGCCAUGGACGUGCUCACUCCGUGGCUGGCGUCGCAAGAGCUGGUGAUCAUUGCUGGACCAGAUGGCUGCGGCAAGAGCGUGCUGCUGUCUCACUGCCUGACGCGGCUGCCGGCUCCAUGCGAGGUCCGCUGGCUGUCCUGCACGGCGCAGACCGCUGCCGCCCAGGUGUCGCGCGCCCUGCGCCAGGCGUGCGCCCCGAGCGCCGGCGGCGGGCUGCAGCCCCGGGGCGCCGCCGGCUGGCUGGUGCUGUGCCUGCGCGGUCUGGGCGCGGCGCGCCGCGACCGCUGGGGCUCGUGCCAGCUGGCCUCCUGGCUGCAUCAGGUGCGCACCCACGGCGGGUACCACGACCCCGCCGAGGCCGGCUGCCCGUGGGUGACGCUGCAGCGAGUCCAGCUGGUGGCCACCGUCGCGCUGCCUGCCAGCGCGCUGCCGCCCAGGCUGCUGUCGGUAGCGCGCGUCUUCGCACUCGGGGCUCCGCAGCCACCGGAGCUUGCGCUAAUAUGUGACGCCUACCUGCGGCCGGUGACUCGGCAUCUGGCUGAAGGCAGCCUGGCCGACCAACACGAGGCCCUGGCCGCUUCUAUGGUUACCCUUGUGCAGCAGGCUCAAUCUCGGCUUCCCGCUGCUGCCGAGAGGUUGACUGCGCGGCUGCUGACCGACUGGGUGCGUGGCCUGGUGCGCUACUCUGCGCCGGACGCGCAAGGCCUGCUGGCUUGCUGGGCCCACGAGGGCUGCCGACUCUUCAGGGACCCGCUGGCCGACGACGCGGACCGCGCGCAGCUGGACGCCCUCUUGGCGGGCGUUCUGCGCGCCCAUUGGCCCCAACAUUCGUCCGCGAUUCUGCAACACGAAAAUGAAGUCGUCUACGUGUCCAAGCCUGGUGACCCGUCGACAAAAACAGCUGCGUGGGGAAGCCAGCUUGAUAAACUUGAUUUGAAAGAUUGGAAUGACGCUGUUCUCAAGACAGUCAGAGAAUGUGGUGCGUACGCGGUGCCAGUGCGCGAGUGGCUGUCGCUAGUGGCCCAAGCCGACUGGGCUCUGGGACGACCGACCGGCUGGAUCCUGGUCGGCGGUGCCUCUGGAAUGGCCCGCCGUUUGGCCGUGCGCCUGGCUGCCCACCGAGCUCGGCUGCCUUGCGUCUCUCCCAGAGGUCGGUCGCUGGCCGCCAGCCGAUCCGACCUGCGUCCGCUGGUGCAGUCGGCCGGGCUCGAGGGCCAAAGGGCGGUACUGCUACUUGAGGACCAACAGCUGGACGAGGACUCGCUCGACCUGCUGGCCGCCCUGUGGGCAACGGGCGAGGCUCCCGGACUCUUCCGGCCCGACGAACUUGACCUAGCGCCUCUUCUGCAGGAAGGGGAGCCCGAAGCCGACGGGCUCGCACCCUGGGAGCAUUUCUGCCGCCGCGUACGGAGGAACCUGCACGUGGCACUGGUCCUGGACGCUUCGUUCGUCCAGCGCCACGCAGAGCGUCACCCGUGGCUGCGCAAGGGCUGCAGCGUGCACUGGCUUUCAUCCUGGAGCCGCGACAGCUUCAAGCAGCUUCCCGCCCUCGUGUUGGACUCCAGCAGCGUGGGUAGCCAGAGUGCGCCCGACGCGGCCCUGUUCCUCCAAUUGCACGAGGCGUGCCUUUCGGGAGGCCUCGCUGUCGGCCCCAGCCAUUACUUUACCAUGGUGUGCGCCUUCCGCGAUGUCUUCGCUCAGCAGAAGGCGGACAUGGAGGAGUCCAAGAAGCAUUUGCAGCUGGGCAUAUCCAAGCUUAACGAGGCCAAGGAGGCGGUCUCCAAGCUGGAGGCAGAGGCGGCUGUUCAGCGAAAGCUUCUGGCUGAAAAGCAAGGCGAAGCUGACGCGGCACUGCAGCAGAUAACCACCAGCAUGACGAGCACCAGCGAGCAAAAGGCGGAGAUGGAGCAACUGCGGGCCACGAUGCGUCAGGAGAACGAGCGACUGAAAGAACGCAAACAGCACAUCGACCGCGAGCUGGCCCAGAUCGAGCCGCUCGUACGAAACGCUCAGCAGGCGGUUGGGAGCAUACGAUCAGACGCCCUGUCAGAGAUCCGCUCACUCAGGGCGCCCCCUGACGUCAUCAGAGACAUCCUGGAGGGUGUGCUGCGACUCAUGGGGAUCUUCGACACCUCGUGGGUCAGCAUGAAGAGCUUCCUGGCCAGGAGGGGGGUCAAAGAAGAAAUCAUGAGCUUCAACGCCCGCUCCGUCACACCCGAGAUCAAGAACAGCGUCCAGGAGCUUCUACGCACCAACGGCGCAUCUUUUGACAUGAAGAACGCAAAGCGUGCCUCUGCUGCCGCGGCGCCCCUGGCGGCCUGGGUGCAAGCGAACGUCCAGUACGCCGACGUUCUGCACAAGAUCGGCCCCUUGGAAGCGGAGCAGGCCGAGCUGCAGCGGAAACUCUCGGGCGCCGAACAACGCCUGGGCAAGCUCGGCUCGGCGCUGGCCGGCGUCGACGAGCGAGUGUCCGAGCUGCGGGAGCGGCUGGGCGCCUGCACCCGGGAGGCUGCCCGCAUCGAGAUGGGGCUGCGCGACUCGGACGCCCGGCUGGCCGCGGCCCAAGACCUGCUCGCGCAGCUCGAGGGAGAGCACGCGCGCUGGUCGCGGCGCUUGGGGGCCUUGGAGGCCCAACCGCUGGCCCAGCGCUGCCUGUUGGCCUCGGCGUGCGCCGCCUACCUGGGCGCACUGCCGGCGGCAAGGGAGGAGGCUCGCUCCAAGCUGCUGCACCGCUGGCGCCGGCUGCUGCCCGAGCUGCAGCAGCAGGGCGUGCCAGGCGAGCUGGCGCAACUGCUCAGCUCUGAGAAGGAGCAGCUUGCCUGGCGGGCCCAGGGCCUGCCUCCCGACCGGCUGUCGAUUGAGAAUGCCGCCCUACUGCUCCUGCCCCUGCCCCAGCGGCCAUUCAUCAUUGACCCGUCGGGACAGGCCAGUCGCUGGCUUCAAAGCCACCUCAAGGACCCACAACUGAUCACACAACAGGACCCGACGUUCUUAGCAACUCUGGAGCUGUCCGUCCGACUAGGUAAGGCGCUGCUCAUACAAGACGUGCAGCAGCUCGACCCCAUCCUGUAUCCGCUGCUGAGGAGAGACCUCAUUACUCAGGGCUCACGGCAGGUGGUACACAUUGCGGACAAGGCGGUGGACUACAGCGAUGAGUUCCGCCUAUUCCUGCUCAGUCAGGACGCCGAAGCCACGCUGCCGCCGUAUGCGGCGACGAUGGUGCGCACUAUCGACUUCAGUACCACCGAGGCAGGACUCUGCGACCAGUUGCUGCAGGUGGCGCUGCAGGAGGAGCGGCCCGAACUGGAGGAGCGUCGCCAAGCAUUGCUCCACGAGGCGGACACACUGCGCCUGCAGCUGUCCGAUCUUGACACGCGCCUCUUGGAUCUCCUCCUGUCGGGCGACUUUUUGCACAACCAGGAGCUGCGCCAGGCACUGCAGGAGGCCAAGGCUAGCGGGGCGCGUGCGGAAACGUCCCUGGCCGAGGCACAGAGGCUCCAGGCGUCGCUGGAGAACGAGCGGGCAGUGUACGAGCCCGUCGCGAGGCUCGGAGCACGCCUCGUGGGCCUGCUCGAUCCUUUGGCGCGGCUGGGACAUACAUACCGAUGGGGCAUGGCUGGACUGGUUGACCUCUUUCGGCGAGCACUGCGACAACCGGGCACUAAUGGAAAAAAGAAGGAUCUGAAGCUGGCUGAGCGCACGUUGGUACACCUUGUCUACGACUACGCUGCGCGGUCCCUGUUCAAGAAGGACCACCUGACAUUUGCCCUGCAUCUUAUCCACGGUCUACGUCCUGACCUCUUCAGAGAGAACGAAUGGGAAUCGCUCACGGGCACUCUGGUGAAGGGCACCACACAGCACACAGAGCAGCGGCCCAGCUGGUUGAUCGAAGACCGGUCGGCCGCCCUGUCGCAGCUCAAGGCCACGCUGGGCCCCGAGCUGUGGUCCGCGCUGCGUCUCGAAGAGGCGUCCCUGUGGCAACCGUUCGCCCGAAGCGGCCACUGUGAGGAGCAGCUGCCCGAGCACGCAACGCGAUGUUUGAGCCCGUUCCAGCAGGCGCUGUUGGUGCAGUGCCUCAGGCCCGACCGGGCGCUCUCGGCGUUGGGCCGCUUCGCCUGCCGUGCUCUCGGACUGCAUGGCCUUAAUCCCGGUGCUGUACCCUUACAACGACUGCUGCAAGACGGCGGGCGUCCGCUCUUGCUAGUCACUGCUCCUGGGGCGGACCCCGGUCAAGAACUACGCGAUGCCGCCCAGGGACGACUACAACAGGUCUUUCUUGGCCGGGGAGCGCAGCAGCAGCAGGCGGCCCAGGAUGCGCUGCGACGUUACUCCCAGACGAACACCUGGCUGUGGCUGGCCAAUCUUCAUCUGGCCACGCAGUGGUUACCUUUCCUGGCACAGGAGUUGGCGCGACUGGAGAAGAACCCGGAGUUUCGGCUCUGUCUGAGUACGGAGCCACACCCAGCCAUCCCGAGCGCGCUGCUGAAGGCCUGCCUCACGGUCGUGUACGAGCCGCCGGCCGGUGUGCGCCGGAGCAUGCGGCGCACCUACGACGCCUGGGGCCCCUCUGCGCUGAACGGCGUCAGCCUCCUGUGCGCGCAGGCCCACUUUGUGCUCGCCUGGCUGCACGCAAUCCUGCAGGAGCGGCUGUCGUACGUGCCCCAGGGCUGGACCAAGCGCUACGACUUCAGCGAGGCUGACCUACGCGCUGGAGCGGAUGCCGUGCGGAGGCUAUGCGGCCGCAGCGGCGGCGGACCUGGUCCCUGGGAGACCCUGCGUGGUCUGUUCGAGCUGUCCGUGUACGGGGCACACCUGGACGACCCGUUCGACCGGCGGGUACUGGGUGCCUACGUGCGCCAGUACUUCGACCAGAGCACGCUGCCGGGCAGCGAUCGCAAGGAGCCGGCACAGCUGGCCCAGGGAGUCCGCGUGCCCACGUCGACCAGCCUCCAGGCGCACAUACAGCUUAUCGAGCAGCUGCCGGACGAAGAUCCUGGUGGCUACCUAGGAUUGGCGGCCAACGUGGAGGGAUCGGUACAGCGACUCGGUGCCCUGACCCUGGUUGCCGAGCUGCGUCGUUUGCAGGCUGGUGCAGGCGGCUCUCGGCAGGCUGCUGGAGCGGAUCAACUAGCACCGCUGCUCAGCCUCUGGAAGAGCUUGCACCAGGGCGGUGUGCAGGCGCCGCCGGCUGACGACGGCGACGAAGCGGAGGAGGAGGAUGCCGUGGCCAGCUUCCUGCGCCAGGAGCGCGCGCACGCGGCCAAGCUGGUGCACCAGGUGCACUCGACCCUGGCCGCCGUGAGCCGGGCGCUGCGCCAGGCGAGCUGCUCGCUACCGGAAGCCGCCUCGGCGCUGACCAACCACACGAUUCCCGAUGCGUGGCUCUCUCUGUGGUCCGGAGGCCGGCAGUGGGUGCCAGAGGCCUACCUACGGGCAGUGGCGGGUCGUGCACAUGCCUUGGCCCAGUGGCACUUUGGACAAGGCCAGCAGUUGAACCUGGGCCAGCUGCUGCGACCGGGGGCCUUCCUCAGCGCCUGGCGCCAGCAGACCGCUCGGCAAAUGGGCCUGGCUGUGGACGAGCUUCAGCUUGAGGCAUGGUGGGAGGCGGGAGAGGACAGGCCCCCCCUCUGGACAACUCUGGUGGGUCUUCAGUGUGAGGGGGGCCUCCUGGAGGAUACACGACUUCGCCCCUGCCGUCCCGGCGCCCCCAGCGUACUACCUGUGCCCCCCUGCUCCGCUGCAUGGAUGCGCAAGGGCACCCGGAAGCACUCUGGAGGCUCAGUGGUGAGCCUGGCAGUGUACACCAACACGGAGAGGCAGGAGCUAGUUGCCACUCUGUCUGUGCCUUGCGAAGGCAGCCCGGAACAGUGGCUGCUCAGUGGUGCUGCUCUUUUCCUGUCGACAUUAGACUAGAAAAACAAUGCUGAGGUGAAAAAUAAUGGACUCCUUAUUUUGCAAAUGUGAAAUAAAUGUUAUUUACAGCAA